AUGAAGGCGGCUGAGGCCAAACAUGCGGAAGAGAUUAAGGCGGUCGAGUGUAGAGUUGCCGACCUGAGCGAGGAGCUGAGGAGAUGCCAAGAGUCGGUGGUCAAAAUAACUGCUGCCAAGGAGAAGUUUAAGGAGGCUUCGGAGAUUAACUUCAAAGAGGCCACCAAACUCCAAGAUGACCUGAAGAACAACCCAGAGGCAAACUUUGACUACCUUCCCGAGCAGGUAAAGCAGGUUGAACUGGCAAAGUUUGCCGCCCGUCUGGCAGAGGAACAGAAAGCUCAGGAGUCCCCUGAAAUCUCCUUUGCGACUGGAACCGAAGCCGCUGAAGAGGAUGCAGGGACCACCAUCGACCAAAAAAUGGGGUUGGUUGAUAUCGCUCGUUUAUCCCUUGGACAUAGAGUGAGUCCAAGUGAGCCUUCUGUUGGAGGAUCUCAGCAGCCUCGGGAGGAGGGAAAGGCUAGUGAAAGCUCCCAUAGGUUGCGUGGAGUGGAGACCUUAUUUUCCGCCAAGCUUGGGCAUGUGGUUGCUCCACUAGCAGCAGAACCUCUCCAAAGAGUUAGCUCAACAAUGUGUGAGCUAACUGUCCACAACUUCGCCCAACUGGGUGAUAGUAACGAGGUGUCCCUUGUCGCCUCCUGCCAAUAUGCCACUAUUCGGGGUGGUGGCACUGAAGGAGAAAGUGAGGGUGCCCCCGAAGGAGCUGACCUGCCUACGAACAUCACUGGAGAUGGAGCAUCCCAAGCACUCGAGGAAGCGGUUGUGAAGGCAGCUGAAGAGCUCCAACCUGCCAAGGAUGAGGCCCGGAGAGCCAAAGAGGAGGCUUCUAAGGCCACAAAGGAUGUUUUGCGAGCCAUAGAGGAGGCACCUAAAGCUUGUGGUGAGACCACAAAGGCACUCGACAAAGCCCGGGCUAGCAAAGACAUGGUUGUCCAAGCCGUGGAGAAGACCAAGUCUCUCCAGUGGAAAGUGGAGGUCCUCAAGAAGGAGGCCGACACCAUUGCGGAGAACACAUUCUAUGUGGCCUGGUUCCAUAAUCGGGAGAUGGACUUGGAGUUCACCAAAGAAUCUGACAAGACUCGCUUGCUUUUUGAGGAGCGCUUGCGGGCGACAAAGGUUGUCGAAGCUGCCAAUGUCGCGACCACAUAA